GGAAAAGGCGUUUAUUCUUAGCGAGGUUGUGAAUGACGCCACGUGAUGUUGAAAGAUUGUCUCUGCGCAUGCGCUGACCUCACACAGGAAGUAAACUAGUUGCAGCAGCGUGCGGCGACAGAGCUUUCAGUAGUAUGAUGGAAAGGAAGAGAAAGCCUGAGAUCAUGCAAGAACAUCCGGCUGAACUCAUUGGCAACACUCCUGAUAACAAGAAGAAGAGGAAAAGGGAGGAGAAGUUGGGCCUUCAUCAUGUUGAUGAACUGACUGAAAGUCAGAGAAAGAAGAAGAGAAGAAAGUUAGCGAGUCAACAGGAACAUCCGGCUCCUGUCAACCCCAACACUCAUGGCGAGGACCUUAAAGAGGAGGAGGUCAACCUUUCUCCUUCUGGUGGACUGAAACAAUGUCUGAAAAAAACUAAGAAAAAAAGGCACACAGAUGAGAAGAACAUCCUUCUUUCCACUGCUGAACUGAUGCAGCAUCAAGACAAGAAAAAGAAGAAAAAUUGUGAGGAACCUUGUGCUGCUGUUGACCUCGACACUCCAAUGAAGAAGAAGGAUAAAGAAAUGACGGAAGAAGCGAUUCCUCCUCCGGAUGGACCGACACAUGACCAGAAGAAGAAAAAGAAGAAAAAGAAGAAACAUUGUGAGGAACCUUGUGCUGCUGUUGACCUCGACACUCCAAUGAAGAAGAAGGAUAAAGAAAUGAAGGAAGAAGCGAUUCCUCCUCCGGAUGGACCGACACAUGACCAGAAGAAGAAAAAGAAGAAGAAGAAGAAGAAGAUGGAGAUGACUCCAGCUGUAGCUUUUGAGGAAACGAACAUCAGCAGCACCAAGACGAAGAAGAAGAGAGGUGAGACCAUGAGCCAGGAAAACAGGAAGAAGAAGAGAACAAAGCAAGGAGACAUGAAAAGCACCCAUGAAGAAGAAGUAAACAGGGCGCUGGUGGAGGAGCUGCAGGAAUAUAUGCCUCACAUCAAGAAAAAAUGUCUCAGUCAGAUCAAGAAAAUGUUGAGAUGUGACCUUCAACGCUUCAGGAAAUUCAAACAGCAAGGUGUUCUUGCACGUUUUGGGAGGUUCUCUGAGCAGGAGAACCAGCAAAUCAGAGAGAACAUAGCAGGCUUCAUGGCUCUGACAGGCAUCAGUUCUAUAGAGAAGCUUCUGUUUCCUAAGAGGUUCAAAGAGGAGCAGGUGACCAUCACAAGACUGAAGAAGGAACACCGCUUCAUGGAAAGGAUUGCGGAUGAAAUCCCUCGACCAUGCCAACAGGUUUACCUUCGAGCCCUGAAGAUGUUUGAUGAAAAGAACCACAUGGGAAGGUUCUCGGAGGAGGAGCUGGCGACUCUGAUCAGGUUCCAUAAUCUCCAUGGGAACAACUGGAAGCUGAUUUCAGAGAAGAUGGACCGCAGCGCCUACUCACUGCAGAAACGCUUCACCACAAUCGGAGUUGGCCAUGGUGUCUGGAGUGCAGACGAAGAAAGGCGGCUGAAGCAGGCAGUCAGGGAGCACCUGGAGGCUCAGGCCAGGAAAGGGUUACCUGGUUCUGGUCUGAGCAGAGACCAACUGUGCAAAAAACUUCCUUGGAGGGAAAUCAGCCAAAAGGUCCAGACCCGGUCCUGGAUCCAGUGUCGCACCAAAUGGCUGUUCUUCCUGGAGCACCGCUUGACAUGGUACGGAAAUGUCUUCAACAGAGGAGCUGAUGGUUAUGAAGCCAAAAUCCACCUAAUCACUACGUUGUACAACACAUCUGUGGAGGAUGCCGCAGACAUCAAUUGGGAAGAGGUUGCUCAGGCUGUCGGUGAGGUGACUACAUGGAGCGUCCAGCGAAUGUUCAACAGACUGAAGCAACGCAAAGUUCCACACUCCCACUCUUUGUCAUUUCAAGAGAUCAUCGACUUCCUGUACCAUCACGUGGUUCCGUUCCUGCAGAAGAGGCUGAGGUCCCACAGCACGUCGUGGGUGGGGCUACGGGAGCAGCAGCAGCAGGACAGGUAUCAGCUAAUAGACAUCUUUAACUCGGACGUGGAAGACGACAGCGACGACGAGGAAGUGAACAACAGCUGACCUCCAAUCGGAACACAUUGAUUGGUUCACAGGACCUGCCUCCAUCCACGAACGGGGUGAGCUUUAACCCUGGACAGGAAGUGGACUGGCAGAUGCCUUUAUUGUGAAAUUCAACAUGUAUUUACCAAACUGAAUAAAUGUUUCUGUUCUCAAGA